CAAUGUUGUAACUUUCGUUUCCUAGAUCGGCCGAGUGUCACCCACGAGAGGAUAUUCAUUUUUAUUUUAAACUAAGCCACAUAGAUAUCAGCCAACAAUUACGUUAAGAAAAUGCUCCAAACAUUGUACCGGACCGGUGGUGCUGUUUUAAAGCAUUCCCAGAGGACAGUGCCCACAUUGCCAGUGUUGUGGGCAACACAAGCCCAGCAGCGAUGGGCAUCCAGUCUACCCAUGAACACUGUGGUUCUGUUUGUACCACAACAAGAAUCCUGGGUUGUGGAAAGGAUGGGCCGCUUCCAUCGCAUCUUGGAGCCGGGCUUGAAUUUCCUUAUCCCAAUCCUGGACAAAAUUCGUUAUGUUCAAAGUCUUAAAGAGAUUGUUAUUGAUGUCCCAGAGCAGUCUGCGGUCUCUUUAGAUAAUGUGACACUACAGAUAGAUGGAGUCCUCUAUCUUAGGAUAUUGGAUCCUUUUAAGGCCAGCUAUGGAGUUGAGGACCCAGAGUAUGCUGUCACCCAACUUGCUCAGACCACCAUGCGCUCAGAGUUAGGAAAACUGACCCUGGACAAAGUAUUCAGGGAAAGAGAGACCCUAAAUAUCAACAUAGUCCACGCCAUAAACCAAGCAUCAGAUGCUUGGGGAAUCCGUUGCCUUCGUUAUGAAAUCAAGGAUAUACAUGUUCCACCUCGUGUCAAAGAGUCCAUGCAGAUGCAGGUGGAGGCAGAGCGUAAGAAGAGAGCCACUGUGCUGGAGUCGGAAGGGCACAAGGAAGCAGCCAUCAAUGUUGCUGAGGGUCGCAAGCAAGCUCAGAUCCUGGCCUCGGAAGGACAGAAAGCAGAACAGAUCAAUAAUGCAGCUGGUGAGGCCAAUGCUGUCUUAGCCAAAGCAGAGGCCAAGGCUAAGGCUAUCCGGCUGUUGUCAGAGGCUCUUGCUGAGCAGAAUGGAAACGCGGCAGCCUCCCUCAGUGUGGCUGAGCAGUACGUCUCAGCUUUCUCCAAGCUAGCCAAAGAGUCCAACACUAUCCUGCUGCCCUCCAACUCUGGUGACAUCAGUGGCAUGGUCACACAGGCUAUGGCUAUUUAUGGCAGCCUGGCCAAGCAAAGCUCAAAAAAGAUAGAAUGUGUGACCCCAGAGUGGGCGAUGGAGAAGAGUGAGGACCCUGCACCACCAGCCCAGUAGUGAAUGAUGUCAAGACCACUCAGUCAGGCACAGAACCAGAAGCUUUGCCAGACAACCACGAGUGCCUGUUCAGCACUUCUGUCUGGCCCAAAGGACACCCUGCAGGACAUAGAAACAGAAGGGCAGGAUAAGAAUGUAAAAACUUUGGGAAUGCUUAACAGCCUGGAAACAUCAAACCAUUUGAGACAAUACAUGUCACUUACGCAUUGUUUUAUUUUGAAUGAGUGGUAUUGUACACAGUACGUACACACGUCCCAAUUGCAAAUCCACGAGCUGUCGUAUUGAUACUCUUCUCUUGCAUCAACAGAUCAAAGGACUGCAGUGGUAGGUAUGAUAGUAAACUGCUAGACUGGUUUAGGGCGUUCUGAAUUAGCUCCCGGGUAAUAGGAUAUGAUCUAUUUUAUGUGAUGUACUGUUGCAAUGAUAAUCUCCUGUCUUCUUCAUGUCCAAUUAUUUGUCCUUAUGUUUUCAUUUCAUAGUCUCAUGAA